CGUUGGCAGCUCCGACAACCAUCUUCAUCUACCUCGCUACCGCUUCGCUCAAGGUUUCAAAAUGGAAGAAUCAAGAGGCCAGCAAGCUGGUGGAAGCAUUUUGAAGAACAAGAAGGUGUUAGAGAAUUACAGGUUGGGAAAAACAAUUGGGAAAGGAUCAUUCAGCAAGGUGAAGAUUGCAGAGCAUAUAUUGACAGGCCAUGAAGUUGCCAUUAAGGUUCUGAAACGAAGUAAGAUCGAGAUCAUGAACAUGGAAGAAAAAGUUGAAAGGGAGAUCAGAGUUGCAAAAAUGUUGGUACACCCUCAUAUUGUGAGAGUCUAUGAGGUUAUAGAAACAGAAUCAGAGAUAUAUAUUGUCAUGGAGUACCUUAAAUUUGGCGAGCUUUUUGAAUACAUAUCAAAUAAAGGAAGCCUGGAAGAAGACGAAGCCCGUCAGUAUUUCCAGCAGAUAAUAUCUGGAAUUGAAUACUGUCACAAGAACAUGGUGGUUCACAGAGACCUAAAGCCCGAGAAUCUGCUUCUGAGCUCCAUAGGCUAUCUCAAGAUUAUUGAUUUUGGAUUGAGCAAUGUCAUGCGUGAAGGUCAGUUCCUUCAAACAUGUUGCGGUAGCCCAAACUAUGUUGCUCCAGAGAUUAUAGCUGGAAAUCAGUAUGCAGGACCAGAAGUAGAUGUGUGGAGCUGUGGAGUAAUUCUAUAUGGUCUUCUAUGUGGGCGUCUUCCUUUUUAUGAGCCAAACCUUGCAAUGCUUUAUGUUAACAUAAAGGGUGGGAUAUAUACUCUUCCAAAGGGGAUAUCAAGUGGAGCAAGAGAUUUGAUAGUAAGGAUGCUGGAGGUUGAUCCCAUUAAGAGGAUCACCAUUUCUGAUAUCCGCCGCCACCCUUGGUUUCAGGCUCAUCUUCCAACGUGUUUAGCUGCUCCGCCGCCAGAUAUGGUGGAAUUAGCCAGCAAGAUUGAUGAUGAAAUUCUUCAAGUAGUUAGCAUGGGGUUUGAUAGGAAUCAACUAGUUGAUUCUCUCAGCAGGCUCGAACAAAAUGAGGCAACUGUUGUGUACUAUUUGUUAGUGGACAAUCAGUUUCAAGAAUCCGGUGGGCAUAUCUGACGUCUGAGUUUAAAGAGAUGAGGUUGACUUAAUCUGUGUUCAAGUUCCCUAAGCUUUCUGCAUGA